AUGGCCGACCGCGGCAACCCUCCGAAGCAGUAUGUUUCGACAAUGUCAGAGGUUUUCGAGUAUGUUAAGAAGCAGUGGAGCGAAUGCGGCCGCACCAUUGCAGGGGAGAGAGGCUAUGCUGCAGUGCACUUGCAAUCAGUCCGCAAAUCGCACCCGGCAUUUCCCAUAUUUAUGGUUGCGUUGGCCGGCUGUGUUGUGUGUUGCAACGGCGCUCGUCUGCGGAUGUGGGGGAGCCUGGCACCUAUUGUGCUAUGGGUGAUAAACUGCAAUUACACGCAAACUCGCAAGAGUGGACUGGCUGGAAUUGUCGAAGUAUUCGCUGAAGUGGCUGACAAGCGAGUGCGCAAAGCUUUCAGACAUAUUCACCGGCUCAAACAAGCUAUUGCAACGAACCCUGCCAAAGUCGAGCCUGCUGUCCGAACAGUGCAGGAAGAUGAACAGGCUGUUUGCAGCGUGCCACCGAUGCAGGAAGACGUUCCAGCUGCAGUUUCGCCUCCCAGUGUUCCUUUGUCUCUGUGGAGCAUCGCGUACCUAGGAGGUACCAUUGACCGCUGCAAAGAACGAUGUGCCGGAGACUUCAACUUCUGCCAAUCGGUCAAACCUUUCAAAGAUUUGCCACCGGUAACGGAGUCGAACCUGUCAGCAUCACUGCGAGAAGUUGCUGCACGUAGCGGGCUAUCCGGAAGAACUUGGUUCAGUUCGCUGCUUCUGUUUGACGAGAUCUACGACUUCUUGAUGGAUUUGGGAGUGACUGGCUUGCAGGGCAUAAAGUUUGUGGAGCCAGAUUUUGUGUCAGACCACGAGUGUGGCUGCCAGUUGACAUGCGCCAGCUUGGCGGUCGCAUUUGCAUGCUCUUAUGCCCAAGUCGAUCUUCUUCUUGCCCGGUGCCCGUGGGGCUGGUUGACUCUUGUGUCCCAGCCCCUCUUCCUGCAAGAUGUUGACACUUUGCAAUUCCAGCUUGGGCCGUCGGCUGGAGCGCUGGGUGGGCCCAUAGGUGCCUCACUGGACCCGCCAUUGUCGUUGUUUUCGACCAUGCAGGUCAGUCUGCCCUCUGCCCCGCUUACCCAAGAAGCUUUCCCCGGUCACUCCCACAACCAGGCCAUUCUCAUUACCCCCAACGGCCUCGUGUAUGUUGAAGCCCCGGUUUUUGCGGACGCAGCCACUUUCAGGCGCAUCGUCUCGACUCGGGCCUCAACCAGUGCCACUGGAGGAAUCAUGCGACUCAUCCUCUUCGUCAGAGGAGCAGGUUGGAGGCUGGGACGGCCCAGAUACGUCGGCUUGAGUCCCCCAGAGCCGGCUGCUGAGCCCGGCUCCGACGGGUCCGCAGCUGUGACUUUCGCUACGUGGCUGCAGCACAUCCUGGCUUCCUGGCUACAAGUGGGGGACUUCGGCGACGGGCGGAACUCUAUCGUCGAGCUAUCCAGCUCGGUCCUGGCGGCCGCGCAAGGUGCAGCAGCUUCGACCGACAUUCAAAUCCUCAAGGGCGAAGGCGUCCUCUCCUUUGAGGUGCCGCGCGCAGCUGUUGUCGAUUCCGCCCUCCUUCUGCGGCAGGUUCUGCCUGGGAAGCACAUCUUCAUUGAGAUUCCCGAUUCCGGGGUCCUUCCCCAUGCCACCUUUGCUGCAGUGAGUCCGGGGCAAGACUGCAUCAUUUACAGACUUACUGACGCCUCUGACCCGACGGCCACGGGGCUCUUUCUUGCAUUUUCUGGGGUAUUUGACUCCUUUUCUGCCUUCUUGGAAAGUCUUCUCAGCAGUGGGCGGCCCGCAGCUGGGCUCCUCCGCAGCCUUCGCACCUUUGGUCUCUCAGUCCUCACAUGGGAAUGCACCACCAUCCCUACCCGGGACGAUUGCCACUUCUGGUAUGUUCACAUACAAGCCGAUUUCGCACGGGCGCGCGGCCACGCGGUGCAAUUCUUUGGGCACCCCCGCGCCAUUCGGCAACCCUCUGUGCUGCCUCCGCCGCGUGUGAGAGCCUUUACACAUGUGGGUGUUCAGACCAAUGCCCCUUUUAUCACGGCCAGCACCCAGGCAGCUGUGUUGCAAUCACCUCCGACCUCUUGUGGGGCAGGCGUUGUGCCGGAUUCUGCGUCUGAGCUUGUUAGCCUGUGGUGUGACUCCUGGCACAUUAAAUGUAUUGUGGCCUGCAUUCCAGGGUUCACCGUUUGGGCCCUGAGAGAAGGCGGCCGCCUUGUUGGAAUGUGCACUCCUGUCCCGACUUGGGAAGAUGUUACUCGUGCACUUUCCCUCUCUCUUUGGGAACUUCCCCAGACCUUCCUCUCCGAUAACAAUCAGGUCUGGCCGUACCCUCGGGAUCUUGCGGACGUCACAAGGAAGUGCGUCAGUGUUGGAUACGAUUCGCCCGAGGGCGUUUCGCAACUGCUCCGUCACUGCACAGCACCCUAUCCCAGCCCGCCGCCCUCUCCCCCUUCCUAUCCGUCAGCUGCCCUUGGCUUAGCUUGUUUGAGUAAGGGUAAGCUCUUGUUGGGGUUUCUCCUCUUUGCUAUGCAAGCGGGAGCUGUGCAACUCGCGAUUGCGCCAGCUGCCCUUACCUCUCGCGUGGGAGCCGAUGAUCCUCUGCUCCCCGGCGAGACUUUACGAGGACCUGCACCCUUUCCUGGACACAUGAACUCGGGCGUCAAACUCAUGGCUUUGCGGUUGCGGCCCCUCAACUCGGUUCAAAUACAUUUGUGGUUGCCUGGCCAAGGGCCGGUCCAUAUGCGCGUCGGUGCCCGCCAUAUGGACAUGCACCUCAGCGCCUAUUUGGGUGCUUUCCUGCCAGACUGUGAGUACGGCCUUCAUGUUGCGUACGACUCCAAUCCCCAGGUCCUAGACCUGGUAGUCGCGCCUCCUUCUCCUGUGGCUUGGUGGAUCCUGAGGGAUUCCAUUGGGUGCGAGUUGCUUCGGCCGGUCAUCCAGCACUACACCUCGCACUGCUCCUUCUUCUUCUGCACAGUUGAACCCGAUGGCGUGGUUCUUAGUGUUGAGCCUUCAGCCGAAGUAAGACACAUGUCCCCGAGCCCGCACGGGGCUAGAGCUUUGAUCUCGCGUGCCCUGCCCGGCCUCAUUGGUCAGGUGAUAGAGGGCACGCUGCAGAUUGUCGCAGCAAAAGCAGGGCCUUCUGUUAUUGGUUGCCUGGCAGCGCUCUUGUUAACUUAUCAUGCGGCUGCGAUGCAGCCACCGCAGGCGCAUCAAUUAGUACCGGUCGUUGAGGUUGCUCCCACACCGUCCACCAUUCGCAUCUGGACCUUAAAUGUGCCGCAGCCAGUCGACCUGCCCUGGCGUCCGCAAGGGUAUCAGACCCGAUGGCUCCGUGAGUUGAUGUGCCGUCUCCACCAUAUUCCGGAUCCAGGGGAGUUCCGCUCCACUCACUCCCAGCAGGGGGGUACUGUUCAGCAUGUUCUUUUCGUGCCUGUCGUGCCUCCAACCCUUCCGACGGCCAGGUUCUGGCUCCUCCAUUGGGGCGCCGCGGCAGUUGUUACCUUCGGUCACUCACCCUUUAGGUUGUUUCCGCUCACCUCCGCACUUUGUUUCAAGGUGGCCAAUUGCCGGAGCGGUGCCCUACACUUGCCUAUGCUGGCCAGUUUUAUGCUCCGGGUACCGUUCUGCCGGAUUUCCCCUCGGGUGCUAUUAUACAGAUUUUGGUGGGAGCCCUUGAGCGGCUACCUGGGGAUGAUGAUCCCUGGAACCCGGAGCCUUUUGUUGUCGAAAGUCCUUACUUUCGUCACAUCCCCAGCCGUGGUCCUGCGCUUGAGCCGGCCAUUGUUCUGGAUGGACACGGCAACAGGUUGGCUGCUGGGGCUCUGCAAACUCUUCUGGUUGAUCAAGGUGUGCAAACAGACCUUUCCGGAAAUGGCACCGGCCUUGAUCAUGCCACCGCCUCCAGGGUGCACCACCUUUCUCAAGAGCUCUCGUUCCAUACCGCUCGGCUCUGGGCCGGCCUCGCAGAGCCUGAUGCCGAGCCGGCCGGAGAUACUCCACCUGUCCUGA